AUGCACUCCAGGCGGAGAUCGUCUUCAAUAUCGUCCCAAGACGCGCCGUAUCAGUCGCUGCCACACGUGCCGACAUCCUUGGAAGCUGCAGUACCGCCGGUAGUACUCGAAGACAGCGGUGUAUUUGCCGAGGAAGACGAACUAGACGGUGUCGAGGUACACAACUUACCGCCGGACUCGCGUAUCCGCUGGGUGCAUUUCCUACUCGGAUGCGCAGUCUUACUUCCGUGGAAUGUGCUGAUAACGGCCACACCCUUCUUCCUCUCACGACUGGAAGGCUCCUCCAUAUACAAGCUCUUUAGCUCGUACCUCUCUGUCUCAUUCACCAUCUCCAACUUCACCUUCCUCGCUCAUGCGACAGCUACUACCAAGAACAGCUCCCCAGCACGAAGGAUACGAUGGGCGAUAAUCCAACUUGCGCUUCUCAGUGUCUUGUUCACACUGUUGACCUUCAUCAUACUGCCUCCCGGACUAUUUGCGGCUGUGGUACUCGUCGCCGGUGUGACCAUGGCCGGCACAGGCUCGUACCUCCAGACCGCCGUCUUCGCUGUGGGCUCGCUCUUCGGGCCGAGGGUCCUACAGGCCAUUAUGGCGGGUCAGGCCGCCGUCGCUAUCGUCGUUUCGGUCGUGCAGCUGUUCAGUGCCACAGUUUCCGUGCAUACUUCGAGCGACCUCGGUCCCGCCGCCCUCGCACUGGCACAGGACGACGCUGCGGCGCGAUCCGCUCGUGCGUUCUUUGGCCUGAGCACGCUGUUUUUGCUUGUGACUGCUUCCGCAAGCGUAUGGAUGUCACAGCUACCGGCGUAUAAGGCCGUUGUUGCUCCUACGGAAACACAUACGCGUACUUGGACCCGCAGAUUAUCGCACGAUCUGGGCGAGGAGCGCGCGUUCCUCGCUGAGAGCACAGAUAGCAUUGCACCGCCUACUCGGGACGCGAAGGCCCGUAUCCUGGACAUUGCGGGGCGCAAUCUUGUAUACGAGGUGGCUGUCGCGUACGUGUUCAUCGUCACUCUGUCCGUGUACCCGCCGAUUACGAUCUCAGUGCAACCCGUACAUCCGGACACAAACGCGCUCAUCUUUACAUCCGUACACUUCUUGAUCUUCAACUUGGGUGACUUCGCUGGGCGGUCACUCUGCUCCUUCCCCGCCCUCCUGACCUGGAACGACAAACGUCUUCUGGCCUUCUCACUGGCCCGCACGCUUUUUAUCCCUCUGUUCCUCCUAUGCAACAUCAACCCCGGGACAACACCGUUUAUCAACAGCGACGCUCUAUUCUUCUUGAUACUGCUGCUCUUCGGGUUGAGCAAUGGCUAUGUCGGGAGCAUGUGCAUGAUGAGCGCUCCAAAUCUAGAGCACAAUAAGAGGCUGAAGGAGAGGAGGGAAGACGUUGACAUCGCUGCUACCGUCAUCAGCUUUUGUUUGGUGGGAGGAUUGGUCAUUGGCAGUUUCGCGAGCUUCGGGGUGAGGGCGUUGAUGUGCAGGUGUAAUCCGUUCAUGGGUUGA